AUGGAUUCAAAUUUCUAUCAUGUCGCACACAAAGGUUUCAUGAUUGAUAUUGUAGAUCGGGAAUGGGCAAUGGAUGUUCUGCCCAAUGAUGAUGUCAUGAUUGUGAGUGCGAGCAUGGAGCAAUCCAGAAAGAAUCCGAUUCAAAACACUCUUUCUCAACUUACUAACAACCAUCCUAGUCUUGCGGUGCAUCCAUUAUUUCUAGAGGAAGGAGGUGCAGGAAUAGCAGACUUGAAGGAUAAUUCAUUAUUGUUAGGUGAGAAUGGUUUGGUUUCUGGAUUGGAACGAUUGCCAAAUGAUUUCGGAAAGAUGAAUGAGUGGAAUGAUUUGAAUUUGUACAGUUUAAUUCGAGAGGAUAGUGAUGAUAUUUAA